AUGGAGACGGAGGCGCCCCCGUCCUCUGUGCACGCCAACAACGAUAACGGCAAACGAGCAACACUCGACGAUGACGACGACGAUCGGUUCAGCGCGCUCCCUGACGACGUCCUCCUCCUCAUCCUCGAGCGCGUGGAUCUGCUCACCGCGGUCAGGGCCGGCGCCGCCGCGAGGCGAUGGAGGCACCUACCGCGCCUGCUCAUCGACCUCGAUAUCGACGUCGCCACCCUGCUCCCGCACCGCCACCGGUAUUUCUCGGUGGGCCACGUCAUGGCCGCCUACGCCGACGCCACGGCGUGGUUCCUCCCGCCGCCGCCGCACCACCGGAACAUCACGAGCCUGCGACUCUCCUUCUACCUGGCAGAGGGCCCGCACCUGCGCGCCAUCGGCGACGCCGUCGCCGCCGCCAAGGCCGACCGCGUCCAGCUCGACAUACGGACGACAUACGUUGGCCUCACCAGCCCCAGCAUCACCAUCCCCGAUGAUAUCCACGAGCACGUCGGCUGCUCGCACCUCCUCGCGUCGUUCGUCGCCGCCUGCCCCGCCGCCUUCGCCCGGCUCACCAGCCUCGCCCUGCACGACCUCUCCUUCCCCUCCGGCUCCAACGAGCUGUCUGGCCUCCUCAACGCCUGCCACCGGCUCGAGCUCCUCUCCCUGAGCCACUGCACGCCAUCUCUCCUAGAGAUCGACGCUCCGAGCUCUGGGCUGCUUUCCUUGGAACUCCAUUGUUGCUCCGUCCACAGCGUCGAGCUGUCCAGGGUCCCGAAACUCGAGCGCCUUCUCUGCGACGCUGCGACGUCGAUCGGGACCAUACGGUUCGGGUCCGUUCCUCGCCUUCGGGCCGUAGACAUCUCGGCGAUGCAUCUGCAUCGCUACAUUGAGAACCCAGCGCUGCUCUCUCCCGCCCUGAGUGGUCUCAGGGAUGUUCGUCUUUGCAACUUUGUGGCCCUCGACAUGCACUGGAUUCUCCAUCUCCUGCAGGCUGCACCCUUACUCAACAACCUUUCCAUUCAGAUGCUUCCAUGCUGGUUUAGUAAUGGAGGUCUCUACAAGUCCGGCAAGGAAGAGAAAAUGCCAAAUGUGAAGCACCACAACCUGACUUCGUUAGAGAUAAAAGCCAACAGAAUAAGUAAAGACGCCAACGUGAAACACUACAUCGGGCUCAUCAGGGAGUGUGCUGCGUGCUUAAAGAGAAUACGGUUACUUGAGCAAUGUGAUACACUGUACUUGAAUUGUAGUCAGGUGCAACAAUCAUAA